UCAGUAUCACAAGUACGCUGUCAGAGUGUCAAUACCAAUCAUACGAUGAAGGUGCUACUGCUGACGGGAAUACUAGUUAUAUGUUUCACACCCAUCGUAUUUAGUCAAAAUGAUCUGCCGAGCGAGUUUGACAAAUGCAGGCAGAACAUUACUAGCAUCGACCAGAGCUCAGAUGUGCUAGAAAAGACUCCAUUGGACAUAAUGUAUCUUUCUCUGUGCGAUAACGAUCUGCUGAGCAUCGAUAAAAACACGUUCCAGCGAUUUAACCAUCUAGAAAAGUUGAUUCUGGAUAAAAACAGUCACUUAAAUUUUAAUUCCGAUGGAUCUGAGUUUCUUGAGUUGGAGAGUAUGACGGAUCUGCAUUGCUUUCGAUGUGGCGUUGAUAAAAUAUACAACAAAUCGCUGCAGGGAAUGCCUCGAUUGGAGCAAAUCAACCUAAGCGACAACCGCAUUGAACAGAUUGAAGCCAAAGCAUUUUAUGGUAACAAGAACUUGGAAAGGAUUGACUUGCGGCUUAAUAAGUUGCGACGGUUGCCUAGUGAAAUGCUGACACCACUUGACAGAAUCCGAUGGAUUGAUUUAAGUUCGAAUACGGAACUUGCUCCGGAGGGCAGUGAACCUUUUUUGAUAAGUACAGUGUUGGAAAAACUACGCUGCAACGAGUGCGGAUUUGUGACAAUUCAGGAGUAUACAUUUUCCAUGCUGCCGGGCUUGAAGGAACUGUUUCUUCGAAAGAACAAGAUUUACAAGAUACAUAGUAUGGCAUUUCCUCAGUCAGCUUUAACGAAAUUGAUGCUUGAAGAUAAUGCGCUGAAGAGCAUUGAUCAGAGCAUAUUGAAUGUGAUGAAUUUGACUAUUUGCUUGGACAACAAUAGUAACGAGUUGAAAUGCUUCCUCAAAGAUCUGUCGGAGCAGAAAAAGUUUUUCUGUUCUACUACUUCGCAAGAGGAUGUUGAGUGCUUGCCACCAGCUACAAUCAAAAUCUCUACCACUAGUACUAUCGAUGUUACUAAUAAUACCACCAAUAUGACCAUCAUUUUCACGAACAACUCUAACACUAGUACUAUCGAUGUCACUUAUAGUACCACCAAUAUGACCAUCAUUUCCACGAACGGCAGAAUGCCCAUAACGACGACGAAUCAUCUGAAUACUUUUGCAAAAAGCGAAAAUCUUACUACUUCAAUCUCCUCCGCUCCAUCUUUGGAAAUCGUCGAAGGAAUUUCGGAUGCUUACAUCGGUGGCUAUCUCACGUUGAUCUUUCUAGCUCAGAUCGUUACCUUUGUACUGCUGUUUGGAGUUUUGCUCAAGUUGAAGAAGUACGACACCGAUCCGGAUGUCGAUAGGUACGCAGCAAAUAUACUUAAUCCGAAUCCCAUCUAUAUAGCCGUUUACUGAACAUCGGUGUAUUUAUCGCCUUCCACUGAAAUGGGAUUUUAUCAAUGAAAAUCAUUGUAACUCAUCGACAGCGAUAUCAGCGUUUCCAUACUGAUAGCAACUCUAGCAAAGAUAUUAGCGUCGUGCAUGUGGUUGUGUGUGAAUCAUCUCUUUUGGAUCUGUAGAGUUGAUAAGAACUGAUUAUAGAAUAGUUCAAAUA